AUGAACUAGUCUCUCCAUUGCAUGCCCUUCUCAUCCAGUAGCUCGCUGCUAUCUCCGUGGUCGAACCAAUAUGGCUGCCAAGCUUGGGCAUCUCGCCCGAGCAGCUGCAGCAAUUCUCUGCGUGUUGAUUUUCCAUGUUACACCGUUUGAUUCCCUUGCUCAAGCGAGGGUACCAGGUGGAACUGGAACCUGCAUCACCAGCGAGCGGGAUGCACUUUUGUCCUUCAAGGAAGGCCUUCUGGACCCUGCUGGCCGUCUCUCGUCAUGGCAUGGCGAAGAUUGCUGUCAGUGGCAUGGUGUCCGGUGCAGCAGCAGAACAGGCCAUGUCAUCAAGCUCAACCUCCGCAACACCUACACACUUGAGUACUACACGGACACAACUGACAAGAGGUACAGCUUGAGUUUGUCCAAAGAUGAGUUGAGCUCCUCUUUGGCUGAUUUGCAACAGUUGAGGUAUCUUGAUCUGAGUGGGAAUUACUUCAACUACACAAGCAUUCCUGUGUCCAUGGGCUCUCUGGAGAACCUAAGGUAUCUCAACCUCUCAUUGUCAUAUUUCGGUGGGAGAAUACCUUCUAAACUAGGCAAUCUUUCAAAAUUGCAAUAUCUUGAUGUUAGUGGGCAAUUCGAUCCCGAUAGUAAUCUGCACGUGGUGGAUCUUGCAUGGUUGGAGCGUCUCCCAUUGUUGAGUUAUCUUGACUUGAGCUAUGCAAACCUCAGUCUUGUGCGGGAUUGGUUCCACAUGGUUAACAUGCUUUCUCCUCUGAAAGUUCUCCGCUUAGCAGAUUGUGGUCUUAAGAGCACAAGGUCUGCUACUUCAAAAUCAAACCUCACACAUCUCCAAGUACUAGAUCUGUCAGAAAACUCAUUUAACGCACCACUGGAACACAACUGGUUCUUCUGGGAUCUCACAAGCCUUAAGGAGCUGCACCUAUUCGAUUGCUACUUGUAUGGACCUAUUCCUGAAGAACUGGGAAACGUGACGUCCCUUCAAGUCAUAGAUUUCAGUUACAAUGAUCUCGUUGGCUUGAUACCGAGCAACUUAGAAAAAUUGUGCAAUUUGGAAGUGCUGCUUCUUGACGGUAACAACAUCAACACGAGCAUAGGGGAGUUCAUGGAUCGAUUGCCAAGGUGCUCAUGGAGUAUAAUACAAGUGUUGACAUUGCAGUACACAAAUUUGACCGGAAAACUACCAAUCUGGAUUGGGAACAUGACCAAACUCAGUGUUCUUUCAGCCCAUGGAAACAUGAUAACUGGUACUAUACCACUGGGAGUUGGAACACUUGGUAACAUGACAAAUUUGGAUCUCGGCUCCAAUAAACUCGAUGGUGUCCUCGUGAAGGAGCAUUUUUCAGGCUUAUUGAAUUUAGAGUAUGUAGACUUGUCCUACAACUCCUUGAAAAUGGACAUUGAACCACAUUGGGUUCCUCCAUUUAGACUAAAGGACAUAAACUUACACUCAUGCAUAGUGGGCCCCCAUUUUCCUGGGUGGCUUAGAUGGCAGACUGGCAUUGAAUCUCUUGAUCUUGGAAAUACAAAUUUGGAUGACGUCAUUCCUGAUUGGUUCUGGGUGACAUUUUCCCGAGUUCAGUACUUGGAUGCAUCAGAGAACAUGUUGCGUGGUUCACUACCGGCAAAUCUACAACACAUGUCGGCUCACGUUAUAUAUCUUGGAUCCAAUAAGCUUACAGGUCAAGUUCCACAACUCCCUAUAAAUAUAUCAUUUUUGAACCUGGCUUCAAACUCUUUCUCGGGAUCAUUGCCAUCAGUGCUAAAAGCUCCACUGCUUCAGACCUUGUUGCUUGCAGAUAAUCAAAUUACAGGCACCAUUCCAUCAUCCAUGUGCCAAUUGACUGGUCUGGUGCGGUUGGACCUAUCGGGGAACAAAUUAACAGGAGAUGUUAUGCAGUGCUGGAAGGAGUCAGAUAACAAUUCUUCGGCGUUCGAUGCAAACUCUGCUGAUCAAUUUGGUUCAUAUAUGCGUACUCUAGCAUUGAACAACAAUGAUCUCUCAGGUGAAUUCCCUAAAUUUCUUCAGAGGUCCUCACAUUUGGGUUUCCUUGAUCUUUCAUACAAUAGGUUCUUUGGAGCAUUGCCAAAGUGGUUACCAGAAAAAACGCCACUGUUGCAAAUCCUGAGGGUGAGAUCAAACAUGUUUAGUGGCCAUAUUCCUAAGAACCUUACUUUCCUUGAAAGACUUCACUAUUUGGACUUGGCCUAUAACAAUAUAUCAGGCAGUAUACCAUGGUCACUAUCAAACUUGGAAGCCAUGAGGAUUGGCAUACCUGGGGAUAGGAGUUUGAAACCUGUUCUUGAGGAGAGCAUUCUUGAGGAGAGCAUGCAGGUCAUCACAAAAGGCCAGACACGUGAAUAUACCUUUGAAAUCUACAGACUAGUGGUGAAUCUUGAUCUUUCUUGUAACAGUUUAACAGGACAGAUCCCCGAGGAGAUAAGUUUGCUCAUUGAGCUCACCGGUCUGAACUUAUCCGGUAAUCAAUUGAUCAGCAAAAUUCCAAACAAGAUUGGCGAUCUGAAGCGGUUGGAGUCCCUCGAUCUAUCCUACAACGAGUUAUCUGGUGAAAUCCCAUCAAGUUUGUCAGUUUUAACCUCUCUGAGCCACUUGAACUUGUCGUAUAACAACUUAUCAGGCCCGGUACCAUCCGGGCAACAGCUACAGGUUCUGGACAACCUGAACUAUACCUACAUCGGCAACCCCGGUCUAUGUGGCUACCCUCUCUCCAAGAACUGCUCUGCUAGUACUACUGAUGCGGAGCAAAGUGCCGACCAUGAAGAUGCAGAUCAUAUCUCAUAUCUCUACCUUGGGAUGGGCAUAGGGUUUGUGGUCGGCCUUUGGGUGGUGUUCUGCACCAUGUUACUGAGGAGAACCUGGGCGAUUGCCUACUUUCAGAUCAUUGACAAGCUGUAUGACAAGGCUUAUGUGCUGGUGGUUAUAACUUGGGCUCGCCUGAUGAAGAAGACCCAUGACGAUGCAGCGUGAGGAGCCUGCAGCAUGUGCAGCUGGACUGGACUGCUCAAGAACUGUAUGUUACUACUUCCUCCAUCCCAUAAUGUAAGACGUUUUUCUUACAUUAUGGGACGGAGGGAGUACUUUGUAAUUUUAAGAAUAAGCGGUACUAUGGUGUGUGUCCUGCUACUAUGUACUAGUUUCUGGUGCUAUUAUCAGUUACCUGUAAAGGUACUUAAUGUACCGUAGCACAAUAUAUUGUAUGGAUUGAA